CACGUGAACAUUGAUGAUGGCUGCAUCCUGUCCGGCCUCGUCCGGCCGGUCUGAGUCACAUGAGGAGUGUUCGCGAUGGCUGCGUGCAGGAGCCUCGUGUUCGGCGGGGUCUCGGCGCUGCGAGCGGUGAGCGCCGCGGUUUGGAGACGAGCCUGCGGGAUCGGGGCUCCCGCAGCGCGGCUGUAUGUGACACAGACACCGGGGAACCGAAUCCAGUUUAAACUGGAUGAGAAGACGGCUCACAGCAGCCUCGAUCUCUUCAAGAAAGAAACGGGCGUCAUUUAUCGAGUGAUCGGCGUGGACCCAACCAAGGUCCCACAGAACCCGGAGCGCUUCCGAGACUGGGCUGUGGUUCUGGGGGACAGCGCCGUCACGGGGGGCCGGCAUUACUGGGAAGUGACGGUCCGCAAAUCCCAAGAGUUUCGUAUCGGAGUGGCGGAUUGUGGAAUGCCGCGGGAAGACUGCAUUGGAAGCAGUAGCUGUUCCUGGGUGUUUGGCUUCAUGCAUGGAGACUGGUAUUCCAUGACUGGCAAUGAGGUGGUGCCCAUUUCCUGGGUGGGCAAGCCAGAGAGGGUGGGCUUGUUGCUGGACUAUGAGGGCCAGAAGCUGGGGCUUGUAGAUCUAGACAAGCCGGCUAUUGUCCACUCCAUAGCGGCCGAAUUCAAGUGUCCUGCCUGCCCUGCGUUUGCUCUUUGGGACGGGGAGCUGGUCACUCAUUCAGGGCUAGAGGUGCCAGAAAAAUUGUGAUUCUUUAAUAUACCUGCCUCUGCCAUUAUAGGUGACAUGACCCCUGUGCUGUCUCCUUCAGUAUGCGGAGUCAAAUACAGCUGUACCAUUGUACUGUCACUUCAACGGGACUCUGCAGAAAGAUGCAGCUUUAUCAGGAGGUCACCAGUCACCUGGCACAAUGUGCAUUCAAGUGAUUGUAGCUAACAGAAUAAUUCCAUCCUUUAUAUGGAUCCAUUCCUUAUAUAGUCUCAAGGUCCAGAUUUGAAAGAAAGACAUGUUAUAGCAAGUUUUAUUUUAUUUUAAAACAUAUCUGGUAUUGCACUAUAAAUACCUGAUUGCAAGCCAUGCUUUCAGUUAGUGUUGCACUUCCUUAGUCACCUGGAGGGUGAACAUUUCCCCACCUCUUCACUGGCUUCUUUCCUAUCAAUAACCAAUCAGCUGUUUCCCCUGGUGACUGACAUGCUGUCAGUCAGUCACAGGACCCAGAAGACACUGCUGAGGUGAAAUGACCCAGGAAGUGCAAACAGGUAACCUGAGAAUAAGGCCUAGAAAGUGAGAGCUUCCUUGAAGCGAAACUAGCACCAGACAUCAUGUUGAAAAUGGAAAUACUUGUGCUUUAACAUGUGUUUCUUUCAGAAGUGCACAUUUUAUUUCUGUGCAGCUGAUGGAAAUGCAAAACAGCUGAACUUAAUGGAAUUAUUUAGUUUGCUACAAUUACCCAUUCUGUUCAACGUGCUGAUGAGAAGUGGAGGGUGACGUUACUGGGAGUGAUAUUAAACAGGUUUGACUGUAAACAUUAAAAGCAGGGCUCUUUGUACAAAACACUGUAAGACAGUACCUUGUUUUGAGCUUGUUUCUUCAUUAUUAAACCAGUGUGUUGUACAAGCAGGGGGAAGACUUUGCUUUUCUGAUAAUAUUGAGUUUGUUUGUAGUUUCUCUGCCGUACUGCAAUCACAAACACACACAGGAAGGGGAUGUUGUUGCAUGAGGCAGCGCUCUCAAUGGUUUAAUGAUGUUUCACUGAAGAAAGCAGCACAGGUGAAAUCUGUUACUAUAGAAGGUUGCAUUAGAAUAUUUUGUGCACUUCUCAAAGAACUAGAAAUGAACCCUCGCUAACAAAGUAUAACAUAUUCACAGCCUUCAUGUUCAACCCACACAUUCUUUUUAGAUUAAAAACCUGCCUCUUUGUUGCAUCUUUCACAAUGGACACCCAUUAGGUAACUUCCACCCUCCGUGAAGAGAGAUCGAGAUCUGCCAGCCCACAAUCCUGACCGGGGCUGACAGAGACCCAGAUGAAACUGAUCUGAUCUGCUGCUGGAAAUGAACAAAUCUGAUUUCAAACUGCUGUCACGUCAGUCCCAUAGCAUGCACUUAAUAACAUUAAACUAAGCUGAAACAGGGCUGUGCAGAUUAUAUAUGGUACAGAAUACAUGGCAAUGCAGCACUUUGAUUAAAAAGUCCUUCUUAGUGCCUAAUGAAGAGCAGCCAGACUAAUCCCAGAGGAAUCAGCUGUGAACAAAUCUAUUUAGCUUAGAACAAAGAAUGGGAGACAUGAGUGAAGUCUUAAAAGGAGAUGACAGAGUUAACCUGAAACGCAGGCACCAGGACCAGAGGACACAGUUUUAAAUGAAGUGGACAGAGGAGGACAGAGGAAAGGAAACAACAACUAAUUAACAUGUAAAGGGAGGGAGAGCUUUGGAAAAUAAAAACUGAAAAGUUGAAGCCCUCUGUGUAUUACAUGUAUCCAUGGAGUGGAAGAGCAGCUCCUGCAGUCUGGUGAAAGCAUCUUCACACACAUUUCAAACCACAGCGCGGGAGUACUGGCACUCAGAGCCACUAGGAUUGCAAAC